UGUGUUCUUGUCCCUAAUUUUGCUCCACCUUUUUCAGUUAUUAGAUAGAAAAAAACGUGUCCUGAUUUUCUCUCGCUCGCUAUAUUAUUUAUGUUUAUGGAGCUCUAAAUCGCCGGCUAUUAUUGGGUCGGACCUAACACGUCUUCAGAUCAAUUCACACCUCCGCCUCUAUCGGCAAGUUCACUCUCUUCUUAACUACACUUGCUUUCUGAAUUUUUUCUUAUCUCUAUUCAAUUCAACACAUAAUAUAUACUAUUACUACUGCCUCACACCUCUUUUUUCUUUUCUUUUUUUUUUUAAUUAUUAUUUCUUUGAUCAACGGAAAAGCUGUUGUCCUUUUUGGGGGAAAGAGCUGGAGAGCCUUUUUGCAGUUUCUUUCUUUUACAAAAGAGAUAUAUAAAUUGUACUCAUGAUGCUAAUCAUAAUUUAGUGUUAUUUUUGUCAUGUGGGUUUCUCUUGUUUGGGUCCAUGGAUGCGUCGGUGUACUUUUCUUGGAUUUCUGGGGUUGUAGUGAGGCUGACUGAAAGAUGCAGACUGAGUUUGGUGGAAAGUCGCAUAACUUCUAUGGUCCAGUGGUGUCGGAUAUGAAGGUCGUUGGGAAAAAGAGCAUGGAAUGGGACUUGAAUGAUUGGAGAUGGGAUGGCGAUUUGUUUAUGGCUUCUCCAGUAAACUCCGUGCCGUCAGAUUGUAGGAGUAGGCAGUUCCUGCCAGUUGGAUCAGAUAUUCCUGUGAAAACUGGGGCUUCUAGUAGUUUCCCAUCAGGGACAGAUGAAGUGAUGCUGGGAGAUGAGAGGGUGAAGAGGGAUUUGGAGAAACGUAGGAGGUCUGUUGAGGCAAAUGAACCGCUGAAUGAUGAGGCUGGGUCACUUAAUCUGAAGCUAGGUGGACAUGUGUUUCCUGUCAUGGAAAGGGAGGUGGUAGAUAAAUGGGAAGAUAAAAGUGGGAAGAAGACAAAAGUUUCCAGCACAUCAUCUACUCGCGCUGUUUGCCAAGUAGAUGACUGUAAAGCUGAUUUGAGCAGUGCUAAAGAUUAUCACCGGAGGCAUAAAGUGUGUGAGGUGCAUUCUAAGGCUACCAGAGCUUUAGUAGGAAAUGUUAUGCAGCGGUUUUGUCAACAGUGCAGCAGGUUUCAUGUUCUUCAAGAGUUUGAUGAAGGAAAGCGGAGUUGUCGCAGGCGUCUAGCUGGCCAUAACAAACGAAGGAGGAAAACACAUCCAGAGAAUGUAGUUAGUGCAACCAACCUGAAUGAUGAGCAGGGCAGUAAUUAUUUGUUAAUCAGUCUGCUAAGGAUACUCUCCAAUUUACACACCAGUAGCUCAGAUCAAACAAAGGAUCAGGAUCUGCUAUGUCAUCUCCUAAGAAACCUUGCUGGUUCAAGCAAUGAGAAAAAUACUGCAGGAUUGCUGCCUGUAUCUCAGGACUUGCAAAAUGUGGUGGCAUCUUUGGGGACUGCUCUAAAGGACACUACCAUGCCUGCUGGGCUGGGUGUGACCACACCUUCACCUAAUUUGACACUUAAGAAUACAGUGCCAGAUAAUGCACAAGCUGGAGUUGCACAUAAUGUAUCUGCUUCACAACAAUCUGCUUUACUUUUCCCAGAAAAUGCAAGCAACUUAAGCAAAGCAAAUGCUUCAGAUACGACAGUGGGAAGGAUGAAACUGAACAAUAUUGACUUAAAUAAUGUUUAUGAUGGUUCUCAAGACUGCAUAGAGGAUCAACAGGAUAAUGUUACCCCUGAAAAUCUCGGAAAUGUGUCUGCUGCUGUCCCAUUUUGGUUAUGUAAAGAUUUGCAACAGUCUAGUCCACCACAUAAUAGUGGGAAUUCGGGUUCCACACAGAGCCACUCACCUUCUACAUCCAGUGGGGAGGCACAGAGUCGUACAGAUCGGAUUGUUUUUAAACUUUUUGGCAAAGAUCCAAGUGAUUUUCCUCUUGCUCUGCGGAAACAGAUUCUUGAUUGGCUAUCCAGUAGUCCUACGGAUAUAGAGAGCUACAUCCGACCUGGUUGUGUUGUAUUGACAAUAUAUCUAUGCAUGGAUAAGUCCACCUGGGACGAGCUGUACUGCAAUCUAAAUUCCACUUUGGGAAGGCUUCUUGAAUCAUCUGCUGAAUCAUUUUGGAGAACAGGAUGGAUAUAUACCCGAGUACAGCAUCGUGCAACAUUCGUAUAUAAUGGCGAGGUUGUUCUGGAUGCACCCUUACCUCUAAAUAUCCAUCGAAAUUGUAGAAUAUCAAGCAUCAAGCCUAUUGCUGUUGCUUUCUCUGAGUCUGUUCAUUUUGUUGUAAAAGGCUUCAACUUAUCCCGUGCUACGUCAAGGUUACUGUGCGCACUAGAGGGGAAGUAUCUGGUUCAGGAGAAUUGUGCUGAUAUGACUGGUGCAGCAGAUUCAUUUGUUCAACACCAAGAGAUUCAGUGCCUUGGGUUCUCUUGUUUUAUACCUAAUAUUAUUGGAAGGGGAUUUAUUGAGGUUGAAGACCAUAGUCUCAGCAGCAGCUUCUUUCCAUUCAUUGUUGCAGAGAAGGAUGUCUGCUCUGAAAUAUGCAGUCUGGAGAGCAUCAUUGACGGUGCUGAUACUGUUUAUGAAAAUGCUGAUGAAGUUAGAGCUAGAGACCAAGCUUUGGACUUUGUGCAUGAAAUGGGUUGGCUUCUCCAUAAAAAUCGGUUGAUAUUUAGGUUGGGAGCGAGCAACGGCAACAUGGACCCAUUCUCUUUCAAACGCUUCAGGUGGCUUAUUGAGUUUGCCAUCGAUCAUGACUGGUGUGCUGUGGUGAAAAAGCUCUUAAAUAUUUUGUUGGAUGGUACGGUAGAUUCAGGGCAAUACACUUCUACUUUAGUUGCAUUGCUGGAAAUUGGCCUUCUUCACCGAGCGGUUCGGAGAAAUAGCAGGUCCAUGGUAGAAUUUCUACUAGAAUACCAUCCAAGUGGAGCUUUAGACAACAGAGGGCCCGAGGAGAAGCAACUUGAUGAGGGCCAAUAUUUGUUUAAGCCUGAUAGCAUGGGCCCGGGUGGUUUGACUCCUCUGCAUGUUGCAGCCAGCCUGGACAGCUCUGAGAAUGUAUUGGAUGCAUUAACUGCAGAUCCUGGAUCGGUGGGAAUUGAAGCAUGGAAGAAGGCUCGAGACAGUAUGGGAUUAACACCACAUGACUAUGCAUGUCUGCGUGGGCAUUACUCAUACGUCCAUCUAGUUCAGAGGAAACUGAAGAAGAAAUCAGGAGAUGGACAAGUUGUUGUGGACAUUCCAGGUAUGUUAUUAGACGGCAACAAUGUGAAGCAGAAGAUAGGAAACACAAAAGUCGAGGAAAUUGGGUGUGUUCCAAACAGAAAGAAAUUGAGUUAUGGAAGGUGGAGAGCAUCAGUGACGAUAUACAGACCAGCAAUGGUUUCAAUGGUUGCAAUAGCGGCGGUGUGCGUGUGUGCUGCAUUGCUCUUCAAAAGCUCACCAGAGGUUCUUUAUUCAUUCCGGCCCUUCAGGUGGGAGCUAUUGAAAUAUGGGUCGGAGUAGGGGGAGAGGUACGAGUAAUUGUGUUGCGUUUAGGGAUAUGAUGAUAUUGAGGAUGUCCAUAUCUGUGUAUCUUAAUUUGUGAGUUGUGGCUAUGUUGUUCUCAUCCUUAGUAUAAUAUAGUAUUACAAAAUUGACAUAAAUUGGUUUCUGAAUUCAGAGGAAUAGUGAUGAAGUACA